AGAGCUGUGUGUGUGUGUGUGUGUGUGUGUGUGUGUGUGUGUGUGUGUGUGUGUGUUUAAGUGAAACUAGUCUCUCCGUUGUUGCUCAUCGUCCAUCACAGCUGCGCUCCUCAGAUCACUUCAGGAUCCGGAGAGGAGAUGCGUUUCACCCGCUGAGGAUCCGUCGACCAUCUCAGUCCCAGUUCAUCCCGAACAGCAGCUCCUGAACGCACCACCGACAUCUUGGCUUUUUUUUUUGGUGUUUGUUUUUUUUGGGCUAAAAACUCCCCACCUAUAAAUCCUCCCUUUCCUCCACUGAUCGGAUUAUCUUGGGGGGCUUUCAGAGGCCAACACAUCGGGAGGACAGACAUGGCAGAGCAUCUGUCCCAGAGUGAGCUGGACUACCCAUUCAAACUUCUGGAGUAUUUCAACGGCUUCAGGGUCUCCAAGGUGAUCUUUUCAGCCUGUGAGCUGGGAGUGUUUGACCUCCUGCUGAAGUCCCAGGAGCCCCUGAGCGCCCAGCAUGUGGCCCAGGAGCUGAGCACCAGUGUGGACGGGAUGGAGAGGCUGCUGGACGCACUGGUGGGCAUCGAGAUCCUGGAGGUGGAGACCAAGGACGGGACAGAGAGACUAAAGGAGAUACCACUUUCUACUCUGUACAGCAGCACUGACGUGGCGAAUCUCUACCUGGCCAAAGGCAGCGGCAAGUCUCUUCACGACAUGAUCAUAUACCAAUCCCAGACCGUCUACCCGCUGUGGAACAACAUGGUGGACGCCAUCAGGGAGGGGAAGAAUCAGAAUGAAAAGACUUUCGGUAUUCCAGCGGAGGAUAUUUUCCAAGCUAUUUACAGGUCAGAGGAGGAGAUGCUGAAAUUCAUGGGUCUGAUGAACUCCUCGUGGGUUCUCGACGGACACGACAUUGUGACCGCGUUCAACCUCUCCUGCUUCCAGAACAUAGUGGAUCUCGGAGGAUGCACCGGUGCUCUGGCCCGUGAGAUGGCAAAGGCGUAUCCUUCCUCCUGUGUCACGGUGUUUGACCUCCCGCAGGUCGUAGAAACGGCUCAGAAACAUUUCUGUCAGGAGAACGAGGCUGUUGUAUUUCAAACCGGAGACUUCUUCAGUGGUGAAAUCCCUCCUGCUGACCUGUACGUUCUCGCCCGGAUCAUUCAUGACUGGCCUGAAGAGAAGUGCCUGACGCUGCUGAAGAAGAUCUACGACACCUGCAAACCAGGGGGCGGCGUCCUGCUGGUGGAGGCCAUGCUGUUUGAGAACAGACGAGGGCCCGUCAUGGCUCAGAUCUUCUCCCUCAACAUGCUGGUGCAAAUGGAGGGCCGGGAGCGCCCGCCGUCCGAGUACACCCACAUGCUGAAGGAGUCCGGCUUCAGCAACGUUCAGGUGUGCCGAACCGGCAAGUCCUACGACGCCAUCCUGGCCAUCAGAUGAGCUCCGACCCGGGACUGUGAGACUCAUCCCUCAAGUCUGGGAAAGUAAAGAAACUUGAACUUUUCAAGGCCCUUGGAAAGGUGGGAGGUGAAUCUAAACAUCUAAGCUCUGAAAAAGUCUCAGUGCACACAGAUCUCCAGUUUAUGUUGUGUUCAACCCCGGUGAGAGUCUCAAAUAUUCUGUCUCAACUUUUCAAUGAUCGUACUAAUACAAAUGUUCUCUGGAUGAUUAAUUCAGGUCAAAGGAAUAGUUAGAUAAUGGGAAAUACGCUUAUUAAAAUUAUUAAAUGGAAAGAUUUAUAUCACUCUCAUAUCUGUACAUGAAAAAUACAAAGUUACAAUACAGUUAGCUUAGCUUAAAGACUGGAAACAGGGGGAAACAGCUAGCCUGAGCUAGAAAAGCAAAUACUGAGUGUUUCCCCUUUAAGGGUUCCCCAUAGACCAUCAACACAAUCAAUCAGUUAUUGAUAGAUUUUUAUAAACGCAUUGAUUUGACCGAUGCUUUUUUUUUAAGAAUAGUAGUUUGUACACAGGCCACACUUUUCAUACUUAAAUACCAAAAUCUGCUCAAUAUUCGCAGUCAUAUCUUUUUAAUAUCAUCUGAUCGCAGCCACCUAUCACAUGUACCGCAAUCAAACAGUAAAUAAUGCAGCGUAUUGUAUCAGAUUAUAGUUUUAUUAUUGAUCAUUGCAUUUCUGGAAUAUCAUGGAGGUGUAUUCCAAAAUUAUAAACCAAUUACUGACAGAUUUGAGGAAGCUUUUUAUGAAUAUUCAGCUAAAAUAUUGGACCAAUAUCACAUAAACACAGUCUGUAAAUAUUUUUGAAAAACAAUUUGUAAAAGAAAUGUUAUAUUUAUAAUCCUGGAUUGGUUUCUUAUGGAUUUCUUUCACCUGUUUAUUUUAAUAUUUUAAAUAAAAACAAACAAAAAAAGAGCCCCGUAAAAAAAAAACAAAUGUAAAUGCAACAUUUCCUUUAAAUAUCAGAAUGAUAUGAGUGUGUUUUCCAGUUAAAAUCAAUGGGAAGAUCCAAUGAUUUGCUCAUCACAGAGCUGUUUUGGGCAACAGUUUGAGGAAGUUUAGUUAGUAACAUUAAUAUGUUAGUAACAAAGACACCUGAAUCUCAACCCAUGAAGGAUAAAACAUAACAGAAAUAAAAACUACAUUUAAAGGCAAAAUCCAAAGAAUAAACGAUCCAUUUCGUCCACCUUGCGAAGUAUAAACUAGUCUUUCCAUCUCAUAGAUCUCUUUGAUGAUUUCAAGUCAUUUAACAUCCAGAGAAACAUUUUGAUUUAUUUUUUAUUCUGUUGUCAAUUUAAAAACCAGCAAAGGGGGGGAAAAAAAUCUAAUGAAAACCUUUUAAUGUGGUGAAAAAGUGACGUUUCAGAAAACAUUGAUGUUGUGUUACUGUGUGACUGUGAUGAGUUCAGGUUCCCUCUCAGACUGCAUGUAGAUCCGACUCUGCAGGACGAGCCCUGUAUGAGAAACCUCAGUUUAAACCUCCAUCUCUUCCUCUGCCGGCUGGUAAAAAGUUCUCAUUUUCUCAUUAUAGUUAACUCUUGAAGUAAAAUCACUGUAGUGCUGUUCACAAAAAAAACCCUGUUCUUAUUAAUGUGUGUCACGUGUUUACAACAGAAAGACAUUAACAUGAUCUCAGUUCUAAAUGAGUGCUGGAAAAUAUCACAUAUUAACUACUAGAUAGCCGUGGAAGAAGAGUAGGAACAUUUUAUUGUUGAUGUAAUGUGUGUCGUAGAUGAGCUACGAGUAGAAGAUAUCGAGAUGUUUUUAUCUGUAGCGUGUUUUCUGAUCAUUCCACAUGUUGGCAGCAUGCAUCCUCUCACAUUAAAUCAAAAAACAUCUGGUUUGUUUUUUUGUGAAAUUGUUUUUAAGUGUAGUUCUUAUUAAGAGUUCUGCAUGUGUAUACGACACCCGGGAGGUGGAGGAUUAUUAAUUAAUGUCAUGUAACUGCUGAAAUUACACCAAAAUUAAACACAAAACUACAAAAUAUUACUUCUUUUUUAUUGUAAUUUCCUAAAAAAAAAAAAAAAAAAAAGGCUUGUUUUUGGGUUACCAGGUCAUUUUCUGUCAUUUUCUUCUUAUUUCAAUAUGUAGGAAAGGAAUUACAACCAUAACCGUGUUCAUAUAACUCAACACUAAACCUGAGUAUGUAUGUAUGUUUAAUGUUAACAAAAGAUUUGAAUAAAGACAUAAUUUCCAAAGUAAA